AUGGAUUCACACUCUAGGUGCCAAGGUGGCUGUGAGAUUGGCAGUGCCGGUUCUGGCGUCGCAUCAACAGCCAUCCGUCACGAGCCAAAACAUGCAACCAGCAACGUCGGCAACAACGACGACGAUUACGACGACGACGACGACGACAACGACGACGACGACCCGGAGCCUUUGACGACAAGGCUCAGCGUCAAACGACACGACACGACCGGCAUCUCCCACUCCUCGAAGCUUGACACCUCGAAGCUUGACACGUCGGAGCUUGGACGAACAAACACCUCGAAGCUGGACACCUGGACUCCUGGACGCUGGACUCCUGGAAGCCGGACACCUGGAAGCUGGACACGAGGAAUCAGCACGGCACUGCUCCCUUUUCUCGCCGAGGCCGCUGACGGUACUGACUGCUUGCUCGUGCACGACCCACGCCAAAGGAUGGCCGAACCACCUUCGUCGCCGCCGAGCGAGGCGACGAGCGCCAAGGACGCCCUGUCCUGGUACAAGGCCCAGUAUGAGAUGCUCGAGUCGGAGCUGAGCGAGUUUCGCGAGUCGAGCCGCGAGCUCGAGCAGGAGCUGGAAAAGGACAUUGAGCGGGCCGAGAAGCAGGAGCGGAUCCUGCAAGAAAGGGCCGAGUCGUUGGGAUUCGAGGUCGAGGAGUGGAAGAGGAAAUACAAGGAAUCGAAAGCCGAGGCCAGCACGGCGCAGAACGCGCUCGAAAAGGAGAUCACGACGCUGCGCGACUCGAACCGAUCGCUGCAGCUGCGGCUUCGGGACACCGAGGUGGCCAACGACGACUUUGAGCGGCAGGCGCGCAACACGACGUCGUCGCUCGAGGACAUGGAAAGCAAGUACAACCAGGCCAUCGAGCGUGCCGUCCUGAUGGACGAGGACAUCAAGUCGGGCGAGCAGGAGCGCGAGAAGCUCCGGAUCGAGUCGCAGCGCCUUCGCGAGGAGCUGGCCGAUCUCAAGAUCGAGGCGGAGCUGAUGCAGCACAAGAUCAACAAGAAGGAGUCGGCCCACCUCUCGACCAUCUCGACCGACCUGUCGGUGCUCGGCUCGCCGACCUUUGACAAGCACGCCUCGGCCUCGCCGAACUCGACGGCGAGCUCGCCGCUCAUCACGACGCCGCCCGAGUCCAAGUCGGCCGAUGCCGCGUCGGACCCGCCGUCGCCGCCCAUGUCGGACGUCUCGGUGCAGAUGCGACAGUCGACGACGCUCAGGGCCGGCGGACCGACGGCCCGCAAGUCGAGGCUGCCGUCGCUCGACAACGGCGGCAACACGCCCAAGCCGCGCGGCAGGCCGAGCAUCGGGACGCUCAGCCGCGCCGGCAGUCGCAUGUCGGGCGGCGCGGCGGCCCUGCGGACGCCGGCGAACAGGUCGACCAAGAGUCGGGCGGUGACGAACAAGCUUCCGGCGUCCAACUCGCUGACGCACAUCCGGACGCUCACGGCGCAGAUGCAGCGGCUCGAGGCCAAGGUGCAGUCGGCACGGUCCAAGCUUCCGGCGCCGGCGAGCACGCCCCCUCGGUCCUCGCCGCGGUCGGGGUUGCACGGAUCCAUCGUGCCGCCGUCGGUGACGAUCCGAUCUCGGAAGCGCACCGUCGCCUCGUCGGCCUCGUCGGCGGCGUGCGACGACGAGGCGACGCCGACGGGCUUCAACCCGCGAGCGUCGACGUCGGGCAAGAGCCACGUGCCGCGGCUGAGCACGUCGGGCAUGAGCAGGCUCUCGUUCGGGCCGCUGCCGAACCGCGGGCCCGAGUCGGAGAGCAGCCGGCCGAGCUCGCGCGCGAGCCUGUCGUCGUACGCCCGACCGGCGUCGAGGAACGACAUGAUCGCGCCGCCGCGGCCCAUGUCGAGGACGUCCAUGUCCGGGGCCCGAACGCCGCUCGGCCGGCCGCGGUCGUCGAUGAGCGGGCCGAUGCACGGCCACUCGACGAGCAUCGGCCGCAUGGACGAGGAGGAGCUCGAGGGCGAGCUCCGGACGCCCAGCCGGCGGGGCACGUACUCGAGACUGGAGAUGGAGGCGGGCAUCAGCGGCAUCCCGAUGCCCGCGUCGGGCAUGCGGAGGCAAAGCGGAGGCGUCAACGCGGCCGGCAGGCGCACCAGCACGGGCGUGGCCGGCGGCGGCGCGCCGGGACGGCUCAGCAUGUCUGGCGGGCGGAAGCUCAGCGACCUCGGCGAGACGUACUGA